GAGCUGGCGGCGGGGAGGAGGCAGCGCGGGCGGCGGAGCGGCGGGAUGCGGCAGUGCCGGGCCGCGGGGCUCCUGGUGGCUGUGAGCAGAGCUCAGGUGCAACAGGAGCCGUUGGCAGAGACCACCGAGGGGGCUGCAGUCAACAUCACCUGCUCACACCCCAACAUACAGAUCGGGUAUUCCAUCUACUGGUAUCGUCAGCUCCCGGGCCGAGGCCCCGCAUUCCUCGUCAGCGCUGUCAAAGGCUCCAAGGAGGUGCCGGACCCGAAGGGGCAGCUGUGGGUGUCGACAGACCGCCGCUCCAGCGUUCUGCGUCUCGCCCGGCCCCGGCUCGGGGACGCGGCGCUGUAUUACUGCGCCGUGGGCGCACGGAAGCGAAGCCGGGGCUGCGGCCGGGCACGAACCGCUUGGGGCGGGGCGGGGGCACAGUGCCGUCCGGGCCCGCAGGGGGCGCUGCCUGCAUGGCCGCCAAACUCCAUCCUGACCGGGGUGCGCCGCCCUGAGCUCUCGAGCAAAGCGACCGUAGCAGCCAGUCGCUGCCACCAGUGUCAGUCAGACACAGCUGUUUUUGAGGGCAGUACAUAUGAGAGCAGGAGGAGCCUUGUUCCUCAGAGGCUGCAGGAUGCUAUGUUCGUAUGGCCCUCCGCACAGUUUUACCUGUGA